CAAUUUUCAAAACCCACUUGAAUACUUGAUGCCUCGCCUAUAAAAACCCUUCAUCGCCAACCUUAUUUUCCAUCAUCCUCUGCUACAAACAACAAAAUGAAAACAUCUUUCGCUACCAAAUUCAUUUUCCUAAUCUUCAUCGCCGCUCCGCUAGUUUCUGCCCAGAACUGCAACUGUGCUGCAGGCCUCUGCUGCAGCAAGUACGGUUACUGUGGCACUACCUCUGAUUAUUGCGGCGAGGGAUGCCAAGCUGGUCCCUGCACUAAUUCUGCACCAAGUGGAGGUGGUAAUGCUGUUUCGGUUGCUGAUAUUGUCACCGACGAUUUCUUUAAUGGAAUCAUUAGUCAAGCCACAGGAGAUUGCGACGGAAAAAACUUUUAUACCAGAUCAGCAUUUCUUGAGGCACUUCAAUCCUACUCCUCGUUCGGAACUUCUGGUUCUGCUGAUGAUUCUAAGCGCGAGAUUGCAGCUUUUUUUGCCCAUGCUACCCAUGAGACCGGAUACUUCUGCCAUAAAGAAGAGACAAAUGGUCGCGACCACAAUUACUGCCAAUCAACGGCAGAGUACCCUUGCAACCCAAAUGUGAACUACUUUGGCCGCGGCCCUCUUCAGCUAACAUGGAACUAUAACUACAUUGAUGCCGGAAACAGUAAUGAUUUUGAUGGGCUAAACAAUCCGGACAUCGUGGCUUCAGAUGCAGUGGUGUCCUUCAAGACGGCCUUGUGGUACUGGAAGGUCAAAGUUCAGUCUGUUACUAGCCAAGGUUUCGGGGCAACCAUCCGUGCCAUCAACAGCAUUGAGUGCAACGGUGGAAGCCCGGAUGCUGUCAACUCGCGUGUCAGUCUUUACAAUUCAUAUUGCAGUAAAUUUGGUGUAGCACCUGGUGAUAAUCAGGGAUGCUAGAACAUCAUAGUUCUACUAUAUUUCAAUUUCAUUUAUGCCAUAAUAAGUCCUCCCAGAGAGAAGAAAUUGCACUAUCAAUAAACACAUCAAAUCCUUACUUUUACAACUAA